GCGUCCUCCCCCACCCCGGACCCCGACCCCACGCUCGCAACACCAGCGAUGCCCCACCCGCGCCCGCGCAUGUCGCUCGAGCUGCCGCCGCCGGACCCGGGGGCGGUCGGGCUGCUGUUCGAGGACCACAAACUCGCGCUGGAGGGCACCUCGCCAAAGCCAUGCAUUGUGCCCGGGAAUGCGCUGCACCUUAUCGACGACGACCCUGCGGCCCCACGCUCGCAGACGCCGCCCUCCGUCAUCAUUGUCACCGAAGAUGGGGAGGACGAGGAGGAAGACGAAGAUGAGGAGGGGCGCCGCACAUCUUCGCAGCCGCCGGUGCGCCCGACAGGUCCUAGGGUGCGGUUUCGCUCGAGGGUGCGUAUCACGUCCGGGGUGCAUAGGCACCGACACUCGAUGACCGUCAACGGCACCCCAACUCCAUGCUCGUCCGCGUCGGACUCACCCUCGUCCUCGAUAUCUGCGCCGCUGCGCUACCAGGCAGACGAGAACGGCGCGUGGGGCCCGCUGGGGAAGCGGCUCAGCGCGUACGCUGCUGGCAACGGGUGGCAACGCCGUGCGCAGGGGCCGACACACACGCAGCGGGUGCAGGAUGUGCCCGUUAUUGGCCCGGCGCCUGGGGGGAGGGCAAGAGGCGGGAAGACCGCGCGGUCGCACCACGAACGUACUCCGCUUCUACGUCCAGGACGGCAGAGGUCGUACACGGAGGAAGAGGAAGAAGAGACACAAACGGAGGAGGAGCUGGGUCCUGAAGAGCGGGCGAUGCGCACUGCGGCAUUGAGGAGAGAGGAGGAGGCCGUCUUCGGGAAAUGGCCCUGGCGGAUAUUUAACAGACAUUGGUGGUGGUGGCAUGUCGAGCCAGUGCUAUGUUGUUGUUCCGACGACUCCGACUAUGAGGAGUUCUAA